AUGGCCACCACCGCGCCCCUCAGCGCGAAAUCCAAACUCGCCGGCCCUGGCGCCUCCUUGAAAAUCACCCCGUCCAAUUCUCCCAUCCUCCGACCUGGAGCUCGCACUCCAAGCAAAUCCUCACAUCAAUCGACCUUGUCCCUCCAGACCGUGCUGGGAACCACCACCACAACCCCCAAUGGCUUCUCCAGUCACGAUCAGAGCAAGAGCUUUGCGCUGUGCGCUGGCUCUGCAGCAGUCCUCGCCGAACUCGAUGACGAUGGAAACCUCUCCCAGCGCUUCUUCCGAGCUCGCCCCUCGGCAACGAGCGUGAACCCCACGACCACAUCUUUCUACAGUCAAUCUACUCCUCCCGCAACUCCCGACCCCCGAUCCCGAUCCCUCUCACACAUUCGCUCAAACCCGCAUCUGAACGUCCCCAAUGGAUCGCCAUCUAAUGAAGCUGCUGACAGCGGCAGUCCUCGUGCCUGGUCGUCCAGAGAAAGAAUCAAAGCAGUGACUAGCGUCUCCAUCAGCCCCAAUGGUCGUUUCCUGGCCGUGGGAGAGACUGGAUAUAACCCCCGCGUCCUUAUAUUCUCCACCGCUCGAGACGCUUUACCCGAUGUUCCCCUUUCCAUCCUCAGCGAGCACACGUUCGGAGUUUGUAGCCUUGCGUUCAGCCCGGACUCGCAAUACUUGGCAACUCUGGGCAACCCGAACGAUGGGUUCCUCUUCAUCUGGUCUAUCAACCUCAAGAAUGGAUCUGCAAGGCUCCAUUCGACCAAUAAAUGCACUUCCUUCGUCCGCGAAAUGUGCUGGGUGGGCCAAUCAUUGGUCACGAUUGGUGUUCGCCAUGUCAAAGUAUGGCGACUCCCGACUGCCAGACCGGUCUCUCCUACAAAGUCCAGGUUGACUGUAGAUGGGGCCCCAUCGCCAAAUCCUGCUCCGAAAGCCUUGUCUGGUAGAAAUUGCCUUUUGGGACAGCUGAAUGAUCAUACAUUCAGCUGUAUCAGCAGCAUUUCUGACCAAGAGGCCGUGGCGGGUACCGAAUCGGGAGCUGUAUGCCUCCUUGAUGAUCGCGAAGGGUCCCAGAGAUUCUCUUUGGUCACGCAAGUUGGAUUUGCCGUCACAUCACUGACUGUGGAUUUCGAUCGAGAGUCGGUAUGGUUGGGUGGACGCGGAAGGAGAAUGCAACGAUUCUCUUUCGAAUUUCUACGAACGCCCUCUAUAUCUUCUCCUAUGUCUCCUGCCAGGUUAGAGAAGGUUCUCGUGGAUAAGAAGACAAAAGCACCUGCCAUCACCUGUAUGGGCUCGCUGUCUUCACACCUGGUCACAGUAGAAGCAACCAGGGAGAUCCACAUCUACCCCAUCGAGAGUUUACCUGAUGAGAGCGAGCAAGAGCCUGGGGAGACCUCUAUGCCAGCGCACCGAGAUCCAGUUCUGGGCAUUCGUCCGCUGAAAGGACCCAACAGAUUCUCUGCAGACUUUUUCUCGUGGUCUCGAAAUGGCUCAGUCAAUUUCUGGGAUGCACGCGGCAAAUGCCUUGAUUCGAAGACGGUGACGGUGGAGCAGAGCGUGGCAGGGGAGGAAGAUGUAGCCAACGAGCUGAAAGUUCUCAGAGCUGCAGGCAAUGCAGACUGGUUUGUCGCUGGUGAUAAAUUCGGUGUUCUGAGGGUUUACUGGGGCGAAGAAUGGGAGUGCAUUGACGAGGCUCGUGCUCAUGGAGGCGAGAUUACCGAUAUUGCCAUUCAGAAAACAGAAGGUUCCUGGUUGGUAGCUAGUUCUGGCCGAGAUCGCAUGGUGCAGCUCUUCCAGAGGACAGAAUCAACCUUGCAGCUGGUACAAACCAUGGAUGAUCACGUUGGCGCAGUGGGACAGAUCAUGUUCCUGAAUGAUGGCGAGAAAUUGCUAUCAAGCUCCGGGGAUCGCACGAUCCUGAUCCGUCAGCGUGCGACCAGAGACGAAGAUGGUGCAACCUCCAUUGCAUAUCUCAUCACCAAAGUCAUUACUAUGAAGGCCUCUCCGGUAUCCAUGGCUCUUUGUCCCGAUGACUCCAACGUGCUUUAUGUCUCAACCAUGGACCGCUGUAUUUUCAAAUUCGACAUUCCAUCUGGACGACAACUGCACUCUUUCCGGGCAUCAGACUCCGAAGCAAAUGAUGCAGUGAUCAUGAGCUCUUUGACCGUCACCACCGAGAUCCCAGGCCAAAGCCCUAAGCUCCUGAUUGGAGUCUCCAGCACCGACAAGUCUAUCCGAGUAUACGACUUGGAGAAAGAUCAUUUGCUCACGGGAGAAUUCGGUCACACCGAGGGAGUCAGCCAUGUGCUGCUCCUUGAACACUGCCAAGAAUCCGAUGACGGUCCAACAACCAAGCGAAGUCUGAUUUCGGCCGGCAUGGACGGUAUACUGAUGAUCUGGAAUCUCUGCGUGCAACCGAAUCUUCCUCCAGAGCUUGCUCAAAAUGGACGAGACGACGAGGGCGGUCCGGUCAAAGAAUCAACUGCAGCCAAGCCUCCACUCCGGAAAGUCCUUUCUCGGAGUGAACUAGCUGGUUUCCAGCGACCCGACAACCCCAGUCCCCUUGGAACGCCGACUCCUGUCCGUGAACUCUCCCCGACACUGAUGAGGAAAAUGUCUAAACUAUCCCUGACCCCGUCCACGUUGAAGCACAACUCUCUCGCCGAAACCCCAUCUCCUCCGAACCGCCGCUCCCCAAUCUCCUUCACCCCAACAGAUCAAAACCGAAGAUCCCCAUCCCCCGUCAGCCCUCGAACAAAGUCAUACUCCUCCGCAUCCAAAAAGCCCAGCAGCGCAAAACCCACUAAUCGCCGUACCUCAAUGGACUUCCGAACACGCACCAAAACAUCCACCCGAAGCGAAUUCGGAAGCCUAGAAAUGUCCACCGAACAGCUCUGUCGCACUCUCCGAACCUAUCGCAAGAAACUCAACGGCUCGACAAAGCACCUCCACGCACAAAAGGAGCUCGAGCGAGAGCUUAAUCUCACCUUGCGGGCGGUCGGCACCCGGUUCCAGAAUAGCGACGAAAGCGCCGAGACAGAGACGGAUAGUAGUGGCAAGGAUAUGGAUCGGAAGCCGAGCUAUUCGUCUAUUUCUUCUCGGUCUUCGCAUCUUCCUCGUCAUAUGCCAUCAACCCCCUUGCUGCGGCAUAAGGGGAUGCGACAGGUCUCGAGGAGUCGCUCUUACGAUGCCAAUGGUGAUGAAUGA